CCCGCGGCCCCCCGCGCUGCCGCGGCCGGCCAGGCCGGAGCGCCCCGGCCGACCAUGGGGAUCCUCUUCACCAGGAUAUGGAGGCUCUUCAACCACCAGGAGCACAAAGUGAUCAUUGUGGGCCUGGACAAUGCAGGGAAAACCACCAUUCUGUACCAAUUCUCCAUGAACGAGGUUGUCCACACGUCCCCCACCAUCGGCAGCAACGUGGAGGAGAUCGUGGUGAACAACACGCGCUUCCUCAUGUGGGACAUCGGGGGGCAGGAGUCCCUGCGCUCCUCCUGGAACACCUACUACACCAACACCGAGUUUGUGAUAGUUGUGGUGGACAGCACAGACAGAGAGAGGAUCUCUGUGACUAAGGAAGAACUGUAUAAAAUGUUGGCACACGAGGACUUGAAAAAAGCAGGUUUGCUGAUCUUUGCAAACAAGCAGGAUGUGAAGGAGUGCAUGACAGUGGCUGAAAUCUCCCAGUUCCUGAAGCUCACUUCCAUUAAGGAUCACCAGUGGCACAUUCAGGCCUGCUGUGCUCUAACUGGAGAGGGGCUGUGCCAAGGACUGGAGUGGAUGAUGUCAAGGCUUAAGAUCAGAUGAUUUUUGGUGCCCUCUUUGCACAGACAUUGCUCCAGGGGAGCCGUUCCCCGGCAGAGGCGGUGGGGUGGAUGUAUUUAUACUGAACUGAUUGCAACUGUAUUUUCUACAUAGCUGCCCACACACAGUGUACAGGAACAAGGACCAUUCCCAGAGGGAAAGGUGCAGCCCUGGCUCCAGUUUGCUUUGGUUUCCUGGGAGGAUCCCUUUCAAAGCUGUGACCAACCUUUAGAAGCUGCAGCCCCUCGGGACAGUCCAGCCUUGGGCGUGGGGAAGAUGAAGCAAGAGGAAAAGGAGCUUUUAAUUUAGAGUUUUAUUAUCCCAUUGUAGCCCUCUCUAGUGGAAGAUGUUGGCUUCAUUAUUCCAGUAAAUCAGCAACAAAUCACUGGCUUAGGUAUCAACUCCUCCAGUAUUUUUAAGGUUCCCGAUGUUACAAAUGCAACCCUAUUUUCCUGUAUGUGAACUGUACAUAUUUGUGUAUAUUUAUACCUCAACUUUAGGUUCCUUGCAAUCCGUUCAGAGCAGUGUGUGACUCCCAAUCAGCCUGUUGGCAGCAGCACCAACGUGUCCCAGGGCUCUCCCUCUGUGUCCACCAGUCCUUGGCUCCCACAACUGGACAAACCCACCCUCCCUUCAGCCCAUGGCUGGUUUUCCACAGGAUUUUCUGGUUAGGGAGGAGGCUGGAAUGGGUUGGGGCACACGUGGAUUGAGAUUUGAAUGACAGUGUUGGCCAAAUUUGCCCGAGAGUUGAAAAGGAGGUGGGUUUUCCUUUCCUGUUGCAGUUGUUGUUUGGGUGAUGCUGCAGGUGCACGUCCUGCCCACUGCUCUCCUUUGCUGGUUGGUUGAUUCAGGUCUAAAAGUACCUUCAGCUGUCAAAAAGGGAAAAAUGUCUUUUUUUUUGUUUUUUUUUUGUUUUUUUUUAUAAACCAAAGAGGAGGCACAAAAGUGUGUUUGACAGCCCCACUGGAGUCAUACAAGUCACACUCUAAUGAAGUGUUUUUCAGAGGAAAAACUCUCUUUGCUGCAUAAAUGUGCAGAUAUAUCAAUAGGGAACUGGAUGGGGACAAAACAUGACACUACUUGGAAGGCUCUAAGUGACCCACACGAGUUCCAGGUGAAAAGAGAACUCCCUGCAUGGUCCCCAGAGCACUUUUGGAACACUAGGAUCACCUUUCCUUGCUGUGGCACCUGGUGGGAUGCCUGUCCCAUGCAGGAGGUGUCCAGAAUUCCCAUUUUAGAGGCUGGAGGCAGUUGGGAUGGUGGUUUGACAUGUCAGGGCUGUGGGAGUGCAUGUGGCCUUAAUCACAGGCUCUUCUGUUGGAGGGGUUUGGGGAGGGCAGCAGAACGAAACCAACCUGUGCUUCAGGUGUCCUUCCCUUCCUGAGGGGGCUGGAAAAGGCAUUUUACAGAAAAAGCUCAGUUUGAACUUUUUAAGGUGCUUCUCUCUGGGAUAAUCUGGCUGGUGGUGUUCCUGCCUCCCUGGGAGCACGUGGAUCCCCGGGGAGAGGGAAAGGAGGCAGCCUCAAAAAUCUGCCUUUAACAAAGGCAGGGAAAGAAUUGACCUUUUUAAUCUAUUUUUUGGUAUCUCUGAGGCUCCCUGGCCGGGGGAUGUGCUGUCUCUGUUAAACAUUAAGGUGUACAUGCAUAUACCCAUAGUGCAUGCACAUAGAUCUUGGUAUUUAACUGGUGUAUUGCAAACUGUAUCAAUGUUUGAAGAAUUAACAAUUUCCUGCAGGGGCUCUCUCAGUCUCUCUGACAGUAUCUACAAGCAACGAGCUCUGUGCACACACAUGAAAUGGAAUUGUACAUUUUCUAGUCUGGAAAACAAAAAAAAAAAAAAAAAAGAAAAA